AUGCAUUUUAUGGCAGGGCCUGCAGGUAGCCGGAGUAUGGGGCCCCUGGGCCUCCACAGCACCCCCCAAGCCCUGUACAUGGUCCUUUUAAUAGCGCUGGUCAUGAUGAGCUUGGUGUUUGGUAAUUUUGAUCCUGAACCCCCUCAUCCAGUUCAGCUCCCCAAAUACCUGCGCUGCUAUCGAUGCCUCUUGGAGACCAAGGAGUUGGGAUGCCUUCUGGGAUCAGACAUCUGCCUCGCCCCACCUGGCAGCAGCUGCAUGACUCUCCUCAUAAAGAACAACAGUGGUUCUGACAUCAUGGUGAGUGACUGCCGCCGCAAGGAACAGAUGAGUGAUUGUUCAUAUACCCGCUCUUCUCCAGUGUUUGGCUUCUGGAUAUUUUCUCGAUGCUGCUUCCGGGAGUUCUGCAAUAACCCCCAGAACAGAGUCUUCUAUAUUCCUUAGAAUUUCUGCAGAGACUUUUAAGAAUAAAAUCCUGCCAGUCGCCUUUCAUCUUCUUGAUUUCCAGCUGGCUGGCACAGCCAGAACAACUUCCAGUUCUUUCUACCAGCCCUCCCAGCCUCCAAGUUACUGGACCCCAGCCCCAGCUGCCUCUUAUUUGACACCCUCAACACCCCUUUUUCCCACUCUAUCCCUCCCCCAGGCUCCCUCUCCAGAAGUCUCUGAAUUUUGCCUUCAGGUCCUCACAGUGUGACAGCUUUUCUCCUCUCUUCUCCCACCUCUUGGCUGCUCCUUAGCCCAGCUUUGCCCCUUCUCCCACCAUGGGCCUCCCAAGUCCCCAGCUGUUACUCCCAAAUAAAUUGGUGUGCAAACUACAUGGCUUGUCUGUGUCUUCUGGUAGUGGUGGAGGCUGAGCUCCUGCCUGACUGCCCUGCUGUGGGGGCAGGUGAGGGGCUCCCAGCUCUGCUGAGCUCUGCUUCUGCCCCAACUCCAUGUCUUGAAUUCAGCUCUAGACACAAAAAAAUGAAGAGGAACCAAAGCACUCCUGCAGGGAAGGCUGGAAGGGCAAGGGGCAUCCUUGGCAGUGGGGUCAAAUCCAGGGCUGUGUGAGAACUGCAGGAGAGGUCCACAGCAGGGAGAGGUGCUGGUGGGAGCGGAGCUGUGAGAGGCCCAGGCCCAGGCCCAGGCCCAGGCUGAGGGGUGGGAUGCUCUGUGGAAGAGCCGCUAGGUCUCGUGGAGCCCUGGCCUGACCCCAGGCUCAGCUCCCCUUCUCAAGGAUGGUGUGGGGUUACUGCAGAAUUUUGGGCCUUGCAUUCCUCAGCCUCUGAGACCGUCCUCCACUUUGACUUGCUAGAUUUGUAUAAACCUAGACUUUUACACUGAAGUCAGAGGUGAUGGAGAAAAGUGGGCCCAGACAGAGGGGGGGCACACUGAAGGUUUGGACCUAUUUUUGUACCUCCAACUGCUCCCUGACCUACAAAUUAAUAUCGGUGCUUCCUGCCAGAGCACAGGCCAUUAAAGGGGCCAUGGAGCUCAGUUAACAUAUGUGCAAAAUGUGUAAGUGAAACUACACAUUGUAGUUCACAUGUAGCUGCAUGAUGCCAUUUGUUAUCAAGCACAGACAAAAUUCCUCUAAGCAGCUACAACUCAGGACAGUGGCUACUGCUGAGUUGGGAGACGUGCCUGGGAGGGUGCACAAAGGCAGCUUUGGGUGCUGAUAAAGGCCUUUAUACGGACUUGAGGACUCGUGACACAGGUGUGUGGUUUACAAAAACUCAAGUUAUGGUGUAUGCAAGCUUCUGUACGUUUUGCUAAAGAGGUUUAAAAAUAGGCCAAAAGGGCACCUGGUUGGCUCAGUUGGUACAACGUAUUGCUCUUGAUCUUGGGGGCAUGAGUUCGAGCCCCAUGUUGAGGAUAGAGAUUACU